AUCUUAAUGGCAGCUGAGGAAAGAGCCACGAUGUUGUCUUAUAAGACUUUCAGGAUCAAGAGAUUCCUAGCGAAGAAACAGAAGCAGAAUCGGCCCACUCCCCAAUGGAUUCUAAUGAAAACCAGUAAUAAGAUCAGGUACAACUCCAAGAGAGGACAUUGGAGAAGAACCAAGCUGGGUCUGUCAGGAGCUCCGGAGGGAUGGCACAAAUGGCCGCAUUUGCCCAGGCUUACUAGCAGUCUGUCCUGCUGA